CAGCUACUCGAGUGAGCACGCCCAACUAACCUGGCAUGGUGGCAGUUUUGUGUCGCUGCGGCUCUAGUGUCAACUUUGCAGGAGUGAAGCAGAAGUCUUGUGCAGCCUGUAGAUUGUCGACGAGCGUAAGGAGAUUGUUACAACAUCAGACAUUUGAUGAGCACAUUUGCCAUGCCAGUGACAUCCCAGUUGUUUGCUGUCCUUCGAAAUGGAGAAAUCAGUAAGAUCUGCAGCUCUGCCUUACAACCGCAAAACAGGCAUCUCUGUAGAAAAGCAGUAAUACUAAGAGUGAAUAAAUGUCACCUUCGAUUCUUUCAGACAGCUAAUUCAGGAAUCUGUGAGCCUAAACAACUGACAAAGAGGAGUCCUGCAUUGCAAGUUCCCAGCAGGAAAUACCAAACAAGUUCUCAGCUGCUUUACAACCUAACACCCCCUCAAGUUAACAGUAUCUUGAAAGCAAAUGAAUACAGUUUUAAAGUUCCUGAAUUUGAUGGCAAAAAUGUAAGCUCGGUUUUGGGCUUUGAUAGCAAUCAGCUUCCUGCCAAUGCUCCCAUUGAAGACAGAAGAAGUGUCGCUACCUGCUUACAGACCCGUGGAAUGCUACUAGGUGUAUUUGAUGGCCAUGCUGGAUGUGCCUGUGCUCAGGCAGUUAGUGAAAGGCUUUUUUACUAUAUUGCAGUUUCAUUACUGCCACAAGAAACUUUGAUUGAGAUUGAAAAUGCAGUGGAAAGUGGACGUGCAGUGUUACCAAUCUUACAGUGGCAUAAACACCCCAAUGAUUAUUUUAGCAAGGAGGCCUCUAGAUUGUAUUUCAAUAGUCUAAGAACAUACUGGCAAGAACUCCUUGAUCUAAACAGUGGAGAAAAUCCAGAUAUUAAAGAGGCUCUGGUUAAUGCUUUUAAAAGACUGGAUAAUGAUCUCUCACUAGAAGCACAAGUUGGUGAUCCAAAUUCUUUCCUGAAUUACUGGGUACUCAGAGUGGCAUUUUCUGGGGCAACUGCUUGUGUUGCACAUGUUGAUGGUGUAGAUCUACAUGUUGCUAACACAGGAGAUGGCAGGGCAGUACUUGGUGUCCAGGAAGAAGAUGGUUCUUGGGCUGCGAUGACCUUAUCCAACGAUCAUAAUGCCCAAAAUGAAAAUGAAGUAAAGAGGAUACGAUCUGAGCAUCCUAAAAAUGAGGAAAAGACCGUCAUCAAGCAAGAUCGGUUACUUGGUUUGCUGAUGCCCUUUCGGGCAUUUGGAGAUGUUAAAUUCAAAUGGAGUAUUGAGCUACAGAAACGUGUACUGGAGUCGGGGCCAGAUCAGUUGAAUGAAAACGAGUACACAAAGUUUAUCCCUCCAAAUUAUCAUACUCCUCCCUAUCUCACAGCUAAGCCUGAGGUAAUUUAUCACAAGUUAAGGCCACAAGACAAAUUUCUGGUCUUGGGAAGUGAUGGACUCUGGGAGACCAUGCACAGACAAGAAGUUGUAAGGGUUGUUGGAGAAUACCUCACCGGUGUUCAUCAACAACAGCCUAUAACUGUUGGAGGCUAUAGAGUUACCCUUGGACAAAUGCAAGGUUUACUGAUGGAGCGAAGAGCUAGAUUUUCAUCUGUGUUUGAGGAUCAGAAUUCUGCAACACAUCUCAUAAGACAUGCAGUUGGAAACAAUGAAUUUGGAGUGGUGGAUCAUGAACGUCUUUCUAAAAUGUUGAGUUUGCCAGAAGAGCUUGCUCGCAUGUAUAGGGAUGACAUCACUGUUAUAGUCGUACAGUUCAAUUCACAUGUGAUUGGUGCACAAAAUAAACCAGGAGAGGAUGUUUAAGCAGAAGUGUGAAUAUUCAAUUGAUCAAAGAUGAGUUUUUUUGUGUGUGUAUGUUUGUUUUGUCCUUUUAUUCUUGAAAAUGUAUCAUUUACUGGCUUCUAAAAAUAUUUGUGUAAGUACUUUGUCUGAUCCUUGUGUUGAAAGUCACUUAUCGGUGAUGAAUGUAACAUUAUUGUUUGAAAAAAAUUUUCUGAGACCUAAAGAAACUGAGACAGUUAGUUAAAAAAUGAACAAUUGAAGUCACACCAGGUUUUAGGCAAGCAGUUUAUUUUUCAAUCCAUUUUUUAUAUAGUUAUAAAAUGAACAUUGUCAUGGAUAAUAUAUUUCCUUUACUUAUAAAUUUCGUGUGUAUCAUUGGACACAAAAUAUAAAAUAUUAACUCUCUUCAUGCCCUGCAAACAUCUUGUAACUCAGAACUGUUUGAUUGGUUUCACACACUGUGUAUAAUGCAACUUUUAGCAUGUUUCAGUACAAUGUUUGCUCCAUAUGCACCAUUUUGUAUAAAGUAUUUUAUCCUCCCUUCAAAAUGCCACCAAAUUAAAUGAGGCUACAUGACCACGUUUGUUCAGCAGCCUGUGUUUUGCUUCUGUACUGUUGUUUCAUACUGUAAAAUAUUUAACAAAACCAUUGUUUCACUAGUUAUAACAUCUAUAUAAAUAUGACGGUUACCUUUAAGUAUUCAUUUUCCUUGUUAUGUCAUCAGUGUACAUCAUUUUAAUUGAAGCAAAGAAUUAGAUAUUUAAUUUUACUUCUUAAACAUUUAUUUUGUUGCUUUUUAUUUGUUUUUUUGUUUACAGUCUCAGUGUGAUGUCAGGUGUUUUUUACACGUCAUAUUACUUUUUAUGAUUAAGGGAUAUCUAGAAUUGCAGUAGGAAAGUGAAUUUCUUUUGGCACAGUAGUUUUUCAUGUUUUCUUUUUCUGAGCACAUCAGGUGAGGUUACUGUUAAAGUGGUAGAUGGUUUCACCAGCUUACUUAUCAUAUAUAUAUAUUAUAUAUAUUAUUAUUAUUAUUCAAGAUAAACAUUUGACUUGCACUAUAGAUUUAGGAGUUUAAAUAGUAAUAAACCAAGUCCUUGUAAUUUGCUUGUAAUCAGAUUAUUUUUUUAAGUCACAUUCUUUUUUGCACAUUUUUGUGAAAGCAUCAUUGAAAACAUUUGGCUGUCCCAAAAGAAAACAGAAAAUGUUUAGUUUAUUAUCAGCAAUUUAUUAAUGUGUAUUUAAUAGUAAUAUAAAUCCUUUGUGUGAAUUUAUUAAUGGUACAACUCAUUUUAGCCUUUUGUCUUCUCAAGUAUGUUUUCAAACUAAUAUGAAGUUUCAGUACUGUACUAUUGACCUUUGGAAGUCAGUUUUAUAGAGCAGGCUUAUUUUAUUUUAUUUUUUUUUUUGGAAGGCUGUUUAUUUUAAGGCAGUACAAUAUACUUUAAACAUUUUCUUUUGUGAAAAGCAACAUGAAAAGUGCCGCUCUUUUAAAUGACUAAACUUAAUCUUAAGUUCUCUGCAUUAAAGCAACAGGUGAAUUUGAAAUGGUUAUUUUUCUUAUUUUACUAUUAUCAGUAAAUUUGAUAAUCUGUCUGAUUUCAUGAAUAUGAUAAAGAAAUACAUCUAAUCUUUAUCUAAUAUAUAUUUUAAUGGAAACAUUGUUGCAGGGGCUAAGCUAACAACUCUCUUUAUAAAUAUUAGAAUUUUACCUCUAACACAGCUACAUUUAUUGAUUUUUUUACUUUAUUGUUAAAAGAACAAUUUUAAGUGGCAGUUUUACAUUUAUACUUUAGAAUAUAUUAAUUUUGUUUUGUUAUAACAGUCCUCUUCACGUUACAUUGGAUAUAUUGGAACUCUAAGACUGAGAGUAUGAACGUUAUUACAUUAUGCACGUGCCUUAUAAAUAGAUUUGUUGUUUUUGUCAGCCAGGAUUGUUUACUGGUUACUUUUGUAGAUGUGUAAUUACUAUAGUUAUAGUGUGAGAACAGCAUUUGCUUACUCUGGUGUAGCAUCAGUAUCUGAGUUUAUAAUAUAAAUCAAGAUUUCUGCCUUGGUAUCCAAUGCCAUGCACAUUAUAUAGUUAAGAAAUUUGGAACUAUAGCUGCUGGUAGCCCUUGCAAUGCAUAUGUGAUUUAGAGGUGAGUUUAUUUUGAGGUAAGUAUUAGCUGUAGUCCAAAUGGAAUGUAAUUUGUCACAUACAGUUUAUAUUCUUACUUUCUUUUUUAUCUACAUCAAGUUAAA